UCAUCAACCCAUCUCGAUUAUAUAAUAAAAUGAAACGUUUUCAGCCUAAUUUGUCUUCAGCAUUGAAUGCACGAACGGAAUAGAAAAAGUAUUUUUAAAACAGUUUCGUACUGUUUUUACUUUAAUACAUUUGGUCGUAACACUUGAAGAUAAAGCAUCAUCGCCAUGAGUUCAUGAUCACGAAUAGAAAUAAAAAAUAUUGCAGCUGUAGAGCGAUAUAUCGAAUUAUAAAUGUAAGUUUAUCUGAAUGGCAUCUGGAAUCUAAUUAAUCGAAAUGGAAAACAUAUUCAAUAAGUUGAUCAUUAUCACUUGCUGCCAUUUGAAAUCUCAGACUAGCACUUUCGAUUGUUGACUGCAAUAUCUCUGAUUUGAAUCCAUGCUAAAUAUUUUAAGUGCCAGCUAAAAAUUAUUUCUAGGCGUAUCUUUUUAACACAGUUUGCUAUGGAUGGAGGGACACAUCUUGCAUGAAGACUGCUGAUUCAAGACAUUGACAUUGGAGUGCUGAAAUCACGGUAUUGGUCAAUAACGAUGCAUAUAGCUGAUUUGCUGCCCGGUAAAGGAACAUAAUGGGACCUGAGGGCUUGAGUUCCUCUUACCACACUGGGCCAAUAGUAAACAAUUAAGAAAACCUGCACAAACUUACUUUUGGGGAGUGUAAAGGAAUUGCAUUGCCCGAUACAUGGGUUUUCCCUGGCCCAAACUCGACAAUUAUGCAUGCUAACAGUACCAUGUAUAGUAGAUGGAAAUGUGCCUUAUUUGUGCACAAAAAUUUCUGGUGGUAUUUUUUUAAUUACUUUUUUUGUGACUUUCCUUUCCGGAGCCUCAUUAAUACGUACUGAAAUUUUCUUACAAUUCCAUUGAGCAGUUUUCCUGCAGACUGCUUGGAAUACGUAAACUUGGUAAUGUAGAUAAUUAAUGUAGAUAAUUGUCUUCUUUCGAAUUAAUAUUUAAAAUAAACUUUCAGAUAUUAGCAGCCACGUUGAAGCAGCGUUAAAAUCACUAUCAAAGGGAUGUUAUUUGUAUAAAGUAAGAAGCGCAAAGCAUUUCUAUCGUCGAAGAUACUACCUUGAUUUUCAGAAUUUAUGUUUAAAAUAUCAGUCGAAGAGGAGAAAAUUUUGUAAUCGUCCACCUCUUUUUGUCGACCUCUACACCAUUGAAGAAAUUAGAACGGGAUGGAACACCGAUAUAUUCAAUCAGGUGCAAGCUAUGGUAAGAACAAACAGGAAGAUUCCAAUAUUUGUGGAUGAGGAUCGUUGCUUUUCGUUAGUGAUCAAUUCCACUCACGAAACAUUGGAUCUUGUCGCACCAAAUAAAGAAAUCAAAGAAUUAUGGAUCGAGGGAUUGAAGCAUAUUUUGGCAAUGUGUCAAAAUUUACAUCGUGAAGAAGAAUAUGACAGAUGGUUGAAAGAUCAAUUCAGAAGAGCUGAUCGCAACAACAAUGGAAGUUUAAACUUCAAAGAAUGUCUUAUACUUUUAGGACAAAUGAAUAUCUCAAUGGAAAAAAAUCACGUUAAAUCAAUGUUUGAUGAAGCAAAUUUUCGAAAAAUAAAAAUUAAUGAUGAAGAUGCUUUAGAUCCUGAAGAAUUCGUUAAGUUUUUUCACAGUUUACAGUCGAGACCUGAUGCAGAAGCAUUAUUUAAACAAUACACAGCCAAUAAUUCAACUAUUAUGGGUCCUGAAGAAUUGCGUAAUUUUAUUCAUAAAGAGCAAAAGAUGACAAAAGUAUCAUUGGAAGACUGCAAACAACUCAUCGAACGUUAUGAACCAGACAAAAGCAAAUUAGAAGGAUAUUUAUCAGUUAGAGGUUUUAUCCAGAUGUUACUAUCAAAAGAACAUUCUGUGUUAUCACCGGAACACAAUUUUGUUUGUCAAGAUAUGAGUCAACCAUUAAGUCACUAUUAUAUUGCUUCAUCUCAUAACACGUAUUUGAUUGCUGAUCAAUUACUUGGAGAGAGCAGUGUAGAAGGUUACAUCAGAGCUUUGGAACAAGGAUGCAGAUGUGUUGAACUUGAUUGCUGGGAUGGACCUGAUGAUGAGCCAAUUGUUUAUCAUGGUUAUACACUUACUACUAGAAUAUUAUUUAGAGAUGUGUUGGAUGCUAUUAGACAAUCUGCAUUUAAAGCUUCACAAUAUCCUGUGAUAUUGUCAUUAGAAAAUCAUUGUAGUGUUCAACAACAAAAGAAAAUGGCAGAACAUCUUGUAAAUAUAUUAGGUGAUUAUUUGUAUUCAGCUCCUGUGAAACCUGAGGAACAAGAACUGCCAUCACCAGAAUCUUUGGCUCGAAAGGUUUUAAUAAAGAAUAAAAAGUUAGAUGCAACCAGUGCCAAACCUGUUGAUUCAGAUUCUGAUGAUGAAGAUCUUCCUCCUACUGAUACACCCAGACAAGAAAAGCCAAAAGAAGAUGGCAAAUUAGCAGCUGAAUUAUCAGAUCUAGUCAAUUAUGUUAAAGCUACUUCAUUUAAAGGAUUUGAGAAAACAAAAACAUGGAAGUUUUAUGAAAUGUCAUCAUUUCAAGAAGUGAAAGCAGAAAGAUUGGUUAAUGAAAAUGGAGAAGACUAUGUGAAAUAUAACAGACAUCAUUUAUCAAGAAUAUAUCCAAAAGGUACUAGAACAGAUUCUAGUAAUUAUGAUCCUGUGCAGUUCUGGAAUGUUGGUUGUCAAAUUGUUGCUCUAAAUUAUCAGACCUAUGAUGAACCAAUGUUCUUUAACCAAGCAUUAUUUGUUCAGAAUGGUGGAUGUGGUUAUGUUUUGAAACCAGAAUUUUUAUGUAAAGAUAUAGAAUAUAAUCCUUCUGAUCCUCCUAAAGAAACAUACAAAGAGAUUUUGACUAUUAAGGUUAUAAGUGGUCAGCACAUUCCAAAGCCAGAUGAAGACUAUGAAGGAGAAGUCAUUGAUCCCUAUGUAACAGUUGAAAUUAGAGGUCAUCCUUGUGAUGAAUCAAAGCAGAGCACAAAUUAUGUUCACAAUAAUGGUUUUAAUCCAAGAUGGAACGAAACCUUCACAUUUCAAAUUUGUUUACCUGCACUUGCCAUAAUUGUAUUUAGAGUAAAAGAUGAGUGCAAAACAGGAGUCAAUGUGACACUUGGUGAAUAUGCAAUUCCAUACACAGCGAUGGCUGAAGGUUAUCGUCACAUCCAUCUUCUCAAUGAUUUUCGUCAGCCAAUCAUACCAGCUACUAUAUUUGUCCAUAUUGCAAAGCAGAAACUCUCGACAAAACUUUAAAGGGCAAAAUAAACUGCAUUGAAGAUAUAUGCCAAAUAUUUAUAAUUGUUCUUUGUGAAUUUUUCUAAGAGUUUAACAAUAUAUUGUUAGAAAGUUUUACUGUUUUUUUUUUUAAUUGUUACAUAUAAAAAUUGAGCAUAUUAAAAAAAAUUUUUAAAUAAAUUGCAGCUCUGAAUAUUACAGAUACUAUUAAUCCAAUCUAUAAAAGCUUUGGAUUUUGUUAUUCAUAAAAUUUUGUAAAUAAAAAAAAUAUCAAGUUUAA